GCCGCCGAAUCGCGAUAUCUAUUUUUCUUGCGUCCCAGUCCCCAGAUUCCGACUUUUUCUAGUUUUGGUGCCUUGCUCGUCUCGCGCGGCGGCGGCGGCGGAGGGUUUGCUCUUGGGAGUUAGGGUUUCGUGUCGGGGGAGGAGCGAGAUGGAGGAGGUCACCGAGGGGGUCAAGAACCUGGCCGUGACGGAGCCGCACAAGAAGAACCGGAUCCAGGUCUCCAACACCAAGAAGCCGCUCUUCUUCUAUGUCAACCUCGCCAAGAGGUACAUGCAGCUGCAUACCGAGGUGGAGCUCUCGGCCCUCGGCAUGGCCAUCGCCACUGUCGUCACUGUUGCCGAAAUCCUGAAAAACAAUGGCCUUGCUGUUGAAAAGAAGAUCAUGACAUCAACUGUUGAUGUCAAUGAUGAAUCAAGGGGCCGCCCCAUGCAAAAGGCCAAGAUUGAAAUAGUGCUGGGCAAGACGGAGAACUUUGAUGAGCUGAUGGCCGCUGCUGCUGCCGAGAGGGAAGUCGCAGCUGCUGAGGAGGGCGAGGAACAGAGCUAAAUAAACUAUCUUGGGUCGCUGUUGUAGCUUAAUUAGUACCUGCUUUUAGAUUAUGUGUUCAAUCUCUUGGCCUGCAAGAGAAGAUACUUGUGUAAUCAAAGAGCUCUGCUUAUUUGAUUCGUUUGAAUAGUAGUUUGUUGUCUUCAUGGUA